GUGGAUCAGUGGUACGAGAAAAAUGAAGCGCUUCUGCAGUCUGUGGCCGUUCGCGCUGCUCCUGGCGAUCCACGUUUGCCGCGCUGAAAAGCCCUACAACGUCGAACUCAACUCGUUUGAUCAGAACAAGGACUACGAGACCGAUGGCAAAUGGGUCGACUGGGGCACGCUGCGCAUGAAGAAGGUGUCACGCAACAAGUUCGCCCUCGCCGGCGACUUUGAGUUCAAGCUGAACAUGGGCGACGAGCAAGGGAUAAUGCUGCGGGUGUUCGUCUACGACUCGAAUGCCGGCCAGAAGGGUCCCCUGGUGAUGAACGUGAAGAAGCCCUUCUGCCAGUUCAUCAACGAGGACGAGGACACCUAUCCGUAUCUGCAAAAGUCCUCCAACAUGCCCGAGCAGGGUGACUGUCCCUUCCCAAAGGGCCAGUACAAGAUCGACAACUACGAGCUGGAGACCGAGUUCCUGCCCGAUGAUGCCCCCAAGGGGGACUACUUACUCGAGCUGACCCUUCUGGACAAGGAUCUCGGCGUGGCCGGCCUCAUAGCCAUUGUUACGCUGACCUGAUCCGACACGCCCUUUCGUUCUUUACUUUUUUUUUGUGUGUGGUUUUUUCGGGUUUUUGGGUGGAUCCAUUCGACACGACAAGCGUUCUUCCAUGCUGUACCCUUAGUUCGUAAUGUUCAUUAUGAAUAGUAUACGUUUUUUUUGUAUGUUUAUUAAUCACGGACCGCAAAAUAUAAUGAUAUCGCUUUCAAAGACAA